AUGUAUCUCACCACCUUUCUCGCGAGCUUGCUCUCUGCCUUACCUGUUGCACUGUCCGCACCUACUUAUGGCGAGCCAUACAACUGCGGCUACGUCCUCACCGAACGAAACAGCAGCGCCUACGCUAGUAUCUCCGCAUAUACUGAUUGCACGGCGAUCUACUACAACCAGUCCAUACCUGGAUAUCAAGAGGCCUAUGCUUACAGUCUGUACGGAGGGUGCCAGUGCUCAUUUCACUUAAGCGAGGAGCAGUGCAAAGGAGCGAUCGAUCCACCCAUGUAUGAGGGACCGACUGGGACGCCUGGCGAGGAGCCCUGCUUCGAAGAUUCAAAUCCCAAGUGGUACGCAUGCGCGACCGUGGGAUGA